CUGCCCUGCAACUACCACCACCACCUCUGCUCCUAAUAAUAAUCAUAAUUUAACAUCCAGAAGUGCUGUUGUCUUAUACACGUGACAAAGAUUUUUAUAUUUAUCUCAAAUUGUAUAUUUUGUUUAAUUAAAAAGCUUGACCAUGGCGGAAUUUGUUGAAAAACGAUGCGAGGAUAUGAUUCCCGAAUUAGAACAGAUGGAAAGAAUGAAGCUGUUCGACAAAAAUGAAAUUCGAGGAAUUGCAAAAAAGUUGAAAGAAUAUGAAUAUAAAAUUCAGCGACACACGAAAACUAAGGAAGAUUAUUUAAGAUAUAUACAGUACGAAAUGGAUCUUCUUAAAUUAAUCAAACAACGCCGAGGAAAAUUUGGUAUGAAUCAGAAAAAAUCAGAUAUCGAUUACAUGAUUACAAAUAAAAUGAAUUAUUUGUAUAGAGAUGCAAUAUUUAAAUUCCAAGAUGAUAUUCGAUUUUUCAUUGCCUAUAUCAAAUUCUGCAAACAUGUUCACUUGCAGAACAACGUUAGUAACAUGUUAGGUCAAAUGUUAUAUCUUCAUCAGGAUAAACCAAAAUGCUGGCAUAUUGCUGCUCGUUGGGAGUUGGAAGAAACUAAAAAUAUCACAAAUGCACGUCAGUACCUCUUUCGAGGUCUACAUAUACAUCCCACUUCUCAAUUAUUAUUUCUUGAUGCUUUCAGAUUAGAAUUGAACGAAGCAUUGACCAAUGAUGAAAGAGGUGAGAAUAAUAGUAAUGACACAACACCAACGGGAACUGAUGAUAAUAUGACUACUAGAUUGAAAAGAGCUAACGUUAUAUAUGAACAAGCGUCAAAACGCAUUAAAGAUAUCAAGUUCAUUAUUGAAUUACUGAACAUUACGAAAGAAUACAAACAUGCGCAAGCAUUGCAAAAUAAAAUCGUAAGUGAUAUCAUUCAAGAAUAUCCUCAUGAACCUCUAAUGUGGAACACAAUGGCCAGACGAGAAUUAGAAGGACUUGUUCAACCUCCUCUGAAUGAUACAACAAUGGAAAUUGAUAGUUCGGAACAAGUUUCAUUAAGAGAUCGUAUAACUUCUUGUAAUAAAGUGUAUCAAACAGCAGUCAAGAAGAUUAAAACUGAAGAAAUGUGGUCAUUUUAUAUAGAAUGUUUAAUAGAAAUUAACGAGAAACCCUCGUUACCAAACUUCAAAAGGAAAUUAUUAAAAACUGCAUUAUCGCAGGCACAUCAAGCAAAAAAAUUGAAAGAAAAAUAUUAUUUGCAUUGGAUCAAUAUGUUAAACGUUGAAAAGAAAGAUGAAAAUACUGAUAAGAAGCUGAAAGAGAUUUUGAGUAUGGCAACUGAAACUUUGCCAAGUAGUAUAAGUCUUUGGCACGCUAGAGUAAGAUACUUGUUUGCUUAUGGAGAAGACGACGAAGCUGAGGCUGCUUUUUCUAAGGCAACGCAAAUCCUCGGUGAAAAAUCAUUGCCUCUAUGGAAACUAAAGAUAUUACAUGUACAAUCAAAGUGUCCCGAGAAAAAUGAACAAGUUUUCCAAGCUGCUAUGCAGGCACAUCCAAAUAUCGCUCAAGAAAUAAAACCUACUUACAUCGAAUGGCUGGUCCUAACAAAAAAUAUACAAACGGCCAGAAAAGUUUAUGACAACAUCUGUUUGCAACCCCCUUUUUCUCUUGAAUUGCACAGAAAAAUGAUUGAACUAGAACUUGUCCAGCCCGAAAUAUCGGCAAAACACGUUCGAAAGUGCAAUGAAAUGUCAAUACUGCAGUUUGGUAAAAAUAAUACGAGCGUUUGGAUGGAAUUUAUCAAGUUCGAAAUGAAACACGGUGACCCAAUAAAAGUUGGCGAACUUCAUAGAAGAGCAGUCCAAAUGUUAGAAUCAGAAUUGGUGGACUCAUUUCUUUCAGAAUACAGUUUACUUAAAGUCAGUUCAGAUUCCAUUAACGCCAAGACAUAAGCAUAUACAGUAAAAUGUAUGAUAAAUACAUUGUACAUAUAAUAAGUAGGUAAUUUAUAUAUGUCACGUAUAUUUACGUUUAUAAUAUGUAUUCGUGCAUUUACUUCAUGAUAGAUUUACGUGCAUCUAGGAAUCCAUUCAUGACUCGAGUGGUAUCUCUUUCUCCAUACGCGU